GCUUUUAUUUUGAAGGUUCACAUUAACUUCCGAAAACCUCUGAAAACGUCACCGUCACACGCCCAGGCUCCGACCCAUCUCUGUAGAAAGGUGUGGAUUUCGCGUUACUGACAAUGGGAGCCAUAAUUUCACGGUGGAAGACUAAACCUUCCACUGUGGAACUUCUAGAGGUAUUGGAUAAGGACAUAAAGGACCUUGAUGAGUUUCGUGCAAAGAACCAGCGUUUGCUGAAGUUGUGGGUGGGCCGACUUCUCUUCUACUCAUCUGCUCUGUACCUGAUCACAUGUCUGUGUGUGUAUUACCUGUAUUUCCCUGAGCAAUGGAGCGCUCGGCUCAUCACUGCCUUGCCUCUGCUGGCCUUUCCUGCACUAGUGUUGCUACUAAGAAAACUGCUCAUCUUCCUCUUCUCCAAACGUACAGAGAGAAACAAUGAAAAAUUAGAUGAUUUAAAAGCACAGAAACGGAAAAUACUUGAGGAGGUGAUGGAAACGGAGACCUACAAAAAUGCUAAACUCAUAUUGGAGAGAUUCGAUCCAGAAUCUAAAAAGAAAGCAGAAGCAGAAGCCACUCCAGUCAGACCACAUAUGACCCCUAGACCAGGACAAGAUCUUCGGCAGAGGCAUGUUGCAAUGGCUACUCCAGGUCCAGUACCCAGUCCCAGGUCCCCAGGAGGCACACCCCUUCACGGUGCCCCAGGAGGGCCUCCAGAGAAAGGGCUAGCCGGGUCUGUAGCCAGCCCAACAGGAGCGAGCCAGACAGAAACACCACAACAAAUGAUGAGAAGAAGCAUGAGUCCUUAUUCACCAGGACCUGGACCAGGUAUGCGUCCUCCUGGUCCACCUCUUGCUCGACCCAUCCUUCCACGAGAGCGCAGCGCUGUGGACAGAGUCAUUGAGUAUUUGGUGGGAGAUGGACCUCAGAACAGAUAUGCAUUGAUUUGCCAGCAGUGCUUUUCCCACAAUGGUAUGGCUUUGAAAGAGGAAUUUGAGUAUGUAGCGUUCCGUUGUGCGUAUUGCUACUUCAUGAACCCGGCGAGAAAGACACGACCCAGACUCCCAGAAUUCAGUUUUGAGCGCAGACUUCGCUCUGAAUCUCCUGAAACACAGUCUUCUGCCGCCACGGAGACACCAGAGGACAGUGACGCCCCUGAAGAUGACAUAGAAAGAACUACCACUGUGGAGCCUCAGGACCCUACCGCUGAAGAUCCACCUGCUGCACAUGAAUCAGAGGAAGAAGAGGCACAGUCUCAGCAGAGCCCGUCCCCCUCAGAGGAUGUCCAACAGGAAGAGGCUGGAGCUCAGGGGCAACAGCAGAAAGAGGAGGAAUCGAGCUAAACUGUGUUUGAAUACAGUUUAAACAUGUUUUUGAUCAAUGCCGUUCACUGCAGCUUUUGGUUUUUGGGCUGUUUGGUUUUGAAUUCACUCUAAAGCAUGUUCAUUAAGUACUUCUUAGUAAUUCUGGAGGUUGUUAUGAGUUUUUACUGCUAAUUUAUUUAUAUAUGCACCACAGUGUUUACAUAUAGGUGGCUAAAUGUCAUAUCACAUUACAGUUAUAAUACUAAUGGUGUGGUGCUCCCCAUAGUGGUGAUGUGACCCAGUACAAUACCUGUCAUGGUUUGUUUAUGAGGGUGAUUUCACAAACUGCAAUUGCUAGAGUCAGAACAGUAUUACAUUUUACAUUCAGUUGCAUAGUAAAUAAGGAUAAAACAUGUAGCAGGAGUUUAGCUGUCUUUGUGUUUACAGAAUUAUUUGAAACCACAAGCUGAACAAAAAUACACUCUGAAAAAAGCAUAGUCCUUGUCGGGGAGUGGUGCUUUUUUUGUUUUGCCAAAUGCACUAUUUUGAUUCUUAAAUAUUUAUUCUUUUGUUCUGAAUUGUUUUAAUUGCUUGUGUUUUUUCUGGCCAACAGUUUGUUUACUUAUUUGUGUAUAAUUCAACUGUCUUGUGCCUUUCUGGUUAGGAAUAUGUCUUGGGACUUACUGCACAGUUUACAAAAUUGCAAAAUUUGUCAAAAUAAUUGGUUUUCAUACAUAGGACGUACUCAAUAAGCAACACAAAAUUCAUGUGCUUUGGAACUGGAAUUAUCCACUUGUUCUUGUUUGUUUGUCAGUACUUGCAAGUUGUUGUGCACAUGUCUGUUGCAUUUACAGACUGGAUUGUGUGCAUGGUAAAUCCAAUAAAAUGCUUUUU